AUGGCCUAUAAAGACUUCCCCAAUACUGGAAACUGUCGUCGCAACAAGGUAUUAUCGCAGCUUCCAAGUCUGGCCAACCCAUUAGUCCUGAAAAUGUCUCCUGCGGCUCACCAGAUCGAUGACUGCUACACUAUCGCCGAUUUCGAGAUUGGCAAGCGGCUGUUUACAACUCAUAUGGCCGUGCAGUUAGUCGUGGCCUCACCUGAAGGUAGAGAAAUUGGCUCCCUGUCCCAGUUAGACGCCCUGAUCACUGGGUAUGACUUUGAAGAAGCUAUUGCCACCUUGGUAAAAGCUGGCUUGGAUGUUCCCCGAACGAAUUUGGUUUGUGAUGAGACCUAUGAGGACGUCCUCUAUAAAAUCAUAGGACGUACCAGACUAGGUGACUCGAAAGAAUCCUUUCCCACAUUGUUGGGGCAACUCCCGUUGUUGGAUCUAUCAACUGAUGGGGUAGACCUCACGGUCACUGCCACCACUCAACGGGUAGCGAAUGGGCUUAACCUUAGUCCCCCAGGUUCAGAGGCCGACAAUUGGAAGUAUACAUGUCGUUUGUGGGAGGAUGCACAGGGAACGGGAGAAGAGCCAAAGGUAACGGAAGCAUGCAUUAGCAACUUUCCAACUAGGUUUCGGAUCACGAUUCAGUAUUGUGGUGUGGAAGCCUCUGGUGAAGGAAGAAACAAGAAAACAGCGCGCCAUCUCGCGGCUAGACGUGUUUGUGAAAGGCUCAACCUACGGCUAUCCUUCUCGAUUGUUUGA